AAUUUACCAACACUUUUCGUUCACGUUUCUCCUUUUUUUCCUUUGUUCUUCCUGUAGUUAUCUGCUGUCACUUAUAGCUCUAAUCUCUCUGUCUUCACUGUUAUUUCAGCUUUCUUCUGUUUUUAACCUUUCAUUGUGGCGGAUAAGCAGCGUUGUUUGCAGAUCCAGCAAAAGAAAGAAAAAACCCAAGUUCUGCUAUUUGAUCAAUGUGCUCGGAAUAGAAGAUUUCAAUAGGUGUUUGGAUUUGGGUUUCUAGAUGCUUGAAAAGACUAUAUAGAUGUGGAGCACAGAUGGAGGAGGAUGGUGAGUUCAGGUGCUGGGAUGAAUUGCUUCCAGAUGCGCUUGGGUUGAUUUUCAAAAAUCUUCCACUCCAGGAGAUACUUACUGUAAUCCCAAGGGUGUGCAAAUCAUGGCGGAGAGCAGUUAGUGGAUCUUAUUGCUGGCAAGACAUCGACAUUGAACAAUGGAGCCAACAAUGUCGGCCUGAGAUCCUUGAUCGCAUGCUUCAAAUGCUGAUAACUAGAAGCUCGGGCUCACUCCGCAAGCUGUGUGUUACCGGUCUCCCUAAUGGGCAGAGCUUUUCGUUAAUUGCAGAUAAUGCCAAAUCUCUUCGGACUUUACGGCUACCAAGAAGUGAAAUUAGUGAUUCAGUAGUGGAACAGGUUGCUGGGAGGCUCUCUUCGGUGACUUUCUUGGAUGUUAGUUACUGCAGGAAUAUUGGAGCCCCGGCCCUUGAAGCAAUAGGCAAGAACUGUAAGUUACUAAUGGGGUUGAGGAGAACAAUGCAUCCAUUAGAGGUAGUUGACAAACUGUCUCAGGAUGAUGAGGCCCUUGCCAUUGCUACUACAAUGCCGAAGCUCAAGCAACUUGAGGUGGCAUACUUGCUUUUUAGCACAGAAGGUGUGCUCAAAAUACUUGAAUGCUGCCCUGACCUUGAAUUAUUAGAUGUGCGAGGAUGUUGGCAUGUGAAACUAGAUGAAAGUUCUGUCAAGAAAUUCUCCCGGCUGAAGGUGGUUGGACCUCUUGUUGUGGACUAUUUUGGGAUGAAAGGCUGGGACUUUGUUGCAGGAGAUGUCUGUAUUGAUUACGAUGAUGAGAUGUCAGAUGGGGAUUGGGAAGAUGACCAAAGUAUGGAAGAUGUGGAAAUGAGAUUCUACGACGGUUUUGACUCGGAAAAUGCUGCAUUCGAUUGGCCCCUCUCCCCCUAAAGGAUUGGUGUAUGUUGCAUUUCGAAAUUAGGCUGACAGCUCCACAUGCAGAGUCAAUCUUGACUGCAAGUGAGCACAUCUUUGCUAUGUGCAAACAUUGUCUCUCUAAUGUAGUAUAUAAACAAGUUUUCCUAGUAUUUGUAAUAAAAAAGCUUUUAAUAUGUAGCAAAAGAAUGUGUUUCCCUAGUAAUUGAGAUGGAUAUCUCAUAGUGUCCCUACAAUAAUUAUACAAUUAGAAGUGAGAUUUGUAAAGAUGGUCCAAAUUAGUGUGUAGGUGACUUCCAUGGAAUAAUAUCAGAGAAGUUGAUCAGAUUGUGACAGAAAGGUGGUUUUCCCUUUAUCUUUUUGACUUUGUGUUGAUGCUUACGUUUAUAAUCAAUCAAGUAUUUCAAAAGGUCA